CUACACCUUUGACGAUACUGGGUUAGCGGCGGGCAGCCCGGACAUUGACAAACCACCUCAAGCAGAGUGGAUCCUGGAAUCCGGCGAGUGACUCUUUUGCCGAUGCGGCCCAAAUGCCCCCGCAACCUCGCAUUUACAGUCCGAGGUUAGGCACCUUCACAUAAAUAAAGAGAUCUUAGACCGCCAAGAAUCAGGGGGUCAAACCUGGGCCAUAUCCGCACUGUCGCACAACCCCCUUUUCCCACUCAUUGCUCAACCCCAACCCCGAACCGCGUACCAUUACGUUAGCAAACAUGGCCGACAAAACCAUCGAGUCCGCCUUCCAAGCCGCCAUCGCCGCGGGGAAGAUCAACGGCGCCGUGGUGUGCGCGACCGACGCGGCCGGCGGUUUCACCUACAACCUCGCGCUGGGCGAGCGCACGCUCCUGUCAGGCGAGAAACGCCCGCAGCAGCUGGACGACAUGCUGUAUCUCGCGUCAGCAACCAAGCUGUUAGCCACCAUCUCCGCGCUGCAAUGCGUCGAGGACGGCCAGCUGAGCCUGGACUCGGGCGACUGCGUGUCGGCGUUCGCGCCCGAACUGGCCAAGCAGCCCGUCCUUAGCCCCGACUCGUCCGAACUGGUCCCCGCCAAAAAGCCAAUCACCCUCCGGAUGCUGCUUACCCACACGUCCGGGGCGGCGUACGACUUUCUCGUGCCGCGGCUGGCUGCCUGGCGGAAGGAGAACCAGCCGCCCCUGGCCGAGGGCGCGCGGCGGCCCGUUGAGGCUGCCUUCGACUACCCGCUCGCUUUCCAGCCGGGGGAGGGGUGGAUGUACGGGCCCGGGCUGGACUGGGCGGGGAGGAUGGUGGAGCGCGCGACGGGAACCACGCUGGGCGAGCACAUCCGCGCGCGCAUCUGCAAGCCGCUGGGUAUCGACCCCGACGAAGCCCAGUUCUACCCCGUCAAGGGCGAGAGCGUGCGCGCCCGCCUGGUGGAUCUGAAUCCCGCCGACCCGGAGUGUUUGGGUCUGGCGGUGCUGGCGGGUGCUGGGGAUUCGAACAGGCGAAGUCAGGGCGAUUUUGGAGGGCAUGGGUUGUUUAUGACCGGGGAGGGGUAUCUCAAGGUGCUACGGUCGCUGCUGGCUAAUGAUGGAAAGCUGCUCCGUCCGGAGACGGUUGAGGACAUGUUCCAGAACCAUAUCCCUCCCGAGGCAGAGGAGGCACACCGUGUUCAAAUGGACGGUCCCGGUGGAGUCUUCUUCCGCGUGGGAACCACUCCUGGGUCGAAGGUUGGUCAUGGUCUUGGCGGCUUGUUGACCUUGGAGGAUGUCGAGGGCUGGUAUGGAGAACGGACGCUGACGUGGGGCGGCGGCAUGUCGUUUGCUUGGUUUAUCGAUCGCAAGAACGGCUUGUGUGGUCUUGGUGCUCCUCAACCUUCGCUGCCCAAUGUUGAUGUCGGCAACUUGGCAGAGCUGAAGCAGACAUUUCGCCAUGACAUCUACCGCAAGUAUGCCGCAUUCAAGAAGGAUGGGCUUAAGACGGCAUGAUAGUUAGAGUAUAAAGACCAGAUGUAACCAUAUAAAGGAGAAACAGCAUAGGUGCCUGGCAGCCUCCCAUAUGUCAUAUCUCCAGGGAUAAGAGAACUUCAACA